AUGCCGGCGCAGAUGGCUCCUUCAUUCUCAGCUACAUCGCUGCUAGGAGAUGACCUGCUUUCGGCAGGCACCAGGCGAAAGACAGCGCGUACAGCACGUGUGUCCAGCUGGGACCAUUCAGGCCUCAAUGAAGACGCAUUCAUUAUCCAGCCCGGCGAGACAGCGCUGCUCGCCGAUAUUGAAGGACCGGGCAAAAUCACACACUUGUGGUUCGUACAGGCGUGUCGCCGAAAUCUUGGUCCUGGUCUGAUUCCCUUUACGAAGGGCGGUGCUCCCAUAAUGGAGAUAGGUAAUGGGUUGGGUUUCAAUUAUGAGGACAAUGACCCUGAUUACUAUCGCAAAGUCCUGAUCAAGAUGUACUGGGACGACUCGCCUACGCCCAACGUGCUGGCACCGCUAGGCGAUUUUUUCUGCCUGGGCCACUCCUUGGCCGCCAACUUCCAGUCCCUCCCUUUCACGGUCUCAGUGAGACCGACAGAUGAGCACAAGUUCGGUGGUGCUGCGGCCUUGAACUGCUACUUGCCAAUGCCUUUUAAGUCACGGGCACGCAUUGAGAUCGAGAACCAAGGCGAGCACGCCUACGUGCAGUAUUUCUACAUUGACUACGAGCUGCAACCUCCCACAGCACGAGCGGAUGGCGACGAUGAGAUCCUGUAUUUCCACGCACACUGGCGGCGUGAGAACCCCACCGAGGGAUGGGCACCCAAUGCGAUGCAGACCAACAGCCUGGAGACGCAGGUGCCGAACCUCGAUGGUCAGGGUUAUACGAUUUUGGACACGAAGGGAGCAGGAACGUACAUUGGCUGCAACCACUCAGUGCUGCACUUCCAGGGCACAUGGUGGGGCGAAGGGGACGACAUGUUCUUCAUCGACGACGACACAUGGCCGCCCAGCAUGCACGGUACGGGCGGUGAAGACUACUUUACGCAGGGCUGGGGCAUGCAGCGCAACGCCUACCCCUUCAGCGGCAGCAUUGUUCACCACGAGGACACGGAUAUUCAGCCUGGCGGCUUCCAGGUCUCAUAUCGCUGGCACCUGGCCGAUCCAGUGCGGUUCAACAAGCGCCUCACGGUCAAGAUGGAGCAUGGCCACGCCAAUCACCUGCGGGACGACUGGUCCUCGACAGCUUACUGGUAUCAGACGCUCCCUGGACCGAAGCUAGAGAUCCUACCUGUGGAGGCCAGGUUGCCAAACCGGCCGACGGUGGUACAACCGCCGGAGCCGGCCGCAGACAGGCCGUUGACAGAAUUGCAGAAGAAGCAUAUUGAGCAGCGGGAGGAGAGGUUCAAGGCUCAUAUUAAAGAUCACGAGGAGAUGAUGGAGAGGAGGGCGAAGGAUUCUAGAGAGCGAGCCCAAAACAAUGUUGAGAUCGCAAAGGAUAUUCGUAGGCGGUUUUUGCAGAGCUUGGAUGGUUAG